GCGGUUUCAGUAAGCUGGUUUAGUAACUAACUAUUAACUUAAACUUAACUAAGUUUCUUCUCAUUUAGUUACCAUAAAUAAAAAAUUACCUUUCCGAAGGUGCUACUCGCUGUCAGGAACAAUGGCAGCCUUGAUGAAGCUCUCUUCUUUUUUUCGUCCGUGGCCAUUGCUAUUAUCUCGUCAUGUAAAUCGUUUAAAAGACAAUAGUACCGUAACAAAGGUUGUUAACCAUACGAAGUUUUCAACAAAACCUGCUUGGGAAAUGGACACUAACGUAGCCAAGGAUGUUGUCCUUUAUGCCCAUCACAAUCCUCAGUUUCACAAGUAUCUCAACAUAUUUGCUCUGACGCAGUUGGGUUUUUGGUUCUACCUCGCUGAAUUCUCUCUGUCCACGUUAAAAGAUGUACCAGUCCCAAAACAAGACUCAAAUUCAAAUCUCCCAUGGUAUCGUUCAAUAAACUUAGGAGAAGAAAAAUACAGGAGAGGCAUUACAGGUGUAUGUCUUGCACUUGGAGUUUUGAUUCUGGGGGGUAGUUGGAUGUUUUCACUAAAGUCCAUUAAAAAUAUUGUUUUGAGGAAGGGAGGCAAAGACAUCACCAUCAUAACAUAUGCGCCAUUCAAUAAAAUAAGAUAUGUGGAGACGCCGCUCAGAAACGUGAGUGCUACUCAGUCGCGAAGCCGUGCUCCUGUCUCUCUUCCGGUGAAAGUCAAAGGCUAUAUGGGCUAUUUCGUGAUCGACAUGAAGGGUGAAUUUAAAAAUCCCACCCUUUUCGAUGCUACAGUCGGUCUGAAGCGUAUAUUAAGUAAGUGAUUAAAACCGCAUCACUCCCUCCCCUGUGCUGUUGUAUAGUCACCAACGUAAUAAACAAGAGCCUUCCACUCCACA